UAAACCCUUCCUUUCCACGCGCACAGUCCCUCUUUAAGUAUCUCGGUCUUCGAAUCGAAGCAUCAAACUAAAAGAUUCUCUCUCAAACUUGAAGGAGAGCUUAAACAUUCAUCAAUGGACUGGAAAAGCACAGAACAAGCAUCGAUGGAGCGUCAUGCACCGAAUCACUCCACCUCCACCUCCUCAUCAAUUCAUGCAACUGAAAACACUGUUUGGGCCGACGCGUCGCCUCUCCUUGAAACCGUUUGUAAAGAAUUACGCGACGGUGAGCUAAUUCAUGGCGAGAAUUUCAACCUAUAUGCCGCAAUGUCUGCUCUAGAGAUUAUGGACCCGAAGAUGGAUUCUGGAAUCAUCAACAAGUAUGCUUCUGUUGACGAAGCGAUAGAAGACGGUUUGGCUCCUGUACCUAUUAGCCUUGAUAAAACUGUUGAUGUUCAGUGCAUCAUUGACAUCAUCGACCAACUCUUAGCGUGUGAGGCAACAUGGCACAAGGGUCACUCGUUGGCACAGACUGUUUUUUCAUGCGCCUACCUUCUGAGACCAGAGAGGACAUUAUCACAUGCCCUAUUGGAUUCUUAUUGCAAAGUCAUCCGUGCAACGUGCAAGGCAGUGAAUUCAAUUGUCUCAGAUGCACGCACACAUGAAGAAGAGGAUCUGUUUACAAUGGCUUAUGGCCUUCCUCUGAAUGUGGAAGGAGAUGAAAAGUGCUUGUCGUUGUUAAAUGCUGUCGAAGAGAAUAUUUCUCGCCAGCUGCGAGCUUGCAAAGCUCCACCCUCCAAAAGAAAACUGUUAGAGGAUAUAGAGCCUCUACAAAAUAAUUUUGAUCUCGAAGAAGGCUACUGCAAAGCAUUGUUAUGCCGCAUACGCUUUCGUAAGCACUUUUGCCAUGUUUUAACCUGCAUGAGGCGACCUCAAGGAAGAGGUCUAGAGUUGGCAAGAAAACAUAUAGCUUCCUGCAUUUCAGAGCUGGGAAUAAUUCUUAAAUCAGAAGAAUUCCUAAUGUCUAAUGCCUAUGGAACUUGUGAAGAUGGUACAGAAGAUAGAACAACUGCUUCUGGCCAUCAAGCUAUUGGGUUUGAUGCUAGUUUAAACAGCAGAAUUUCAGCCCCAACUCCACCACGUUCAAUUAAAAUUCUUAGUUGGAAAAAGGCCAUCGAGUAUUUUGAAAACCUUCUUCAUCAUCUAGAUAUCAUAUGUUCAUACCUGUUGGACCCUUCUUUGGAUGUUCUUUUGCGCUUUGUGGCUCAAUUUCAAAAAGCACAACCUGAUUUGGUUGCAAGAGUGCAUCUCCAGCUUCUGUUGGUUCAAGAUGGAAAACUCUAUGGGCGGUAUCCUAUCUUAGCUGUGAUUAUUAGAGCUGCACGGUUGCCUGAGGUCAUUAUGCGCCAUGAUAUUCAGAAGAAUGAAUAUGUUGUGCAGUUAGGACAGAUAGUGAUCAACAUGCUCAAGAUUCUUUGCACAAAUGCUGCAUGGCAGAGGCGUAAACUUGGAAAGAUUUUACAAGAUUGGCGUGCUAUCUAUGUACAGCUAGAGCUUGCAUUCAGAAAGGAGUUUGGGGAAGGCUCAAGCAUUGCAAAUGGCGAGAAUGCAUCAGCAGGAAUAUUAAAACACAUCCUCAUCUGGGUGGAGGAGCAAACUUAUUGGAUUGCCCACCGAUUUCUAGUUCUUGGUUUCGAAUUAGAGCUCUAUUCUCCCAGCGAAUAUUGCAUGGUAUAUUGGUAUUUAUAUGUUGUCUUGAUCAGGCUUGCAGAGAAAACACAUCUGAAGAUGACAGUGAGUGAUGGCAGUGCUAAACAAAAGGGAAAGAAAAGAAAGGAUUCUCCAAAAGAUCUGGCAAGAGAAGCUCGGAUCCCACCAGCAAUCUUGUUUCUUCAAUGCCAAAUAUGUCUUGCUGAAGGGCUCGCACUGCUACUCGCUGCUCUGAGGAAUGAACUGAUGGUCUUACAAUCUCCCAGCCCCUUUAAUUCUGAACAUGAGAGGUUUAUACAGCAUUUUGAACUUCUACAAAAAGCUUGUAUCCCUGAUCUCAUUUCAUACCCGUCAUUCAAGGAAUCCACUUCCCAUGCCCGCUUCUCCAGUUUGGUUAUGUAUAAUUACUUCAAGGAUGCUCAGAAGAUUGCAAAGGAGGUCAAGAAUAGUUUUCUUAAUGACCCGGACAGAUUAGCUGAACUUUGCAUAUUGGAGCAGGUUGCAGAGCACAAUAGCGUCGCCGUAAAUGUGAUUUCCCGAGUUGGAGCUCUUGACCCGUCCCUCAAGGUUUCUUUCGAGUUCAUCCACCACCCAUGUUUUGCCACUGUUGUUGUCAAGAGAUCUUGACGGUUUGUUUCAAGGACCAUCAAUUUUGAAACACUAGGCAAUGUAGUGAGGUGGUAAAGCAAUUGUAACAUUCGUAGUUUGUUUCCCUAUCAAUUUUCUCCAUUAUUUUUAUAGCAUUAUCUCCAAAGAGGAAGGAAGUAGCAUCGUCGACUGUUCUCUAAUCUUGUAUCGGCAAGCAGAUUGCUAUUGCAACAUGGGAGGCCCCCCAAGUUUACGACAUUGGACUGACCUUUUUCAGCCGAAAAACCAUUUUAGUAAACUAAAAUCUAGUAGUAGUCUUGUAAGCCAACCAUCUCCCUCUAUGAGUUCGGAUCUUAAACUUAGCGUUUAGAAAGAUUUAUUAAAUUA